AUGUAUGCUGGCGAAGAAGACGUUGAUCGCAUUUCCAAGGACCUCGAUGCGAAGGACCUGGAGAAACUUAUUCGACGCUUUUCUUCACUGAGAAAGAAAGAUGAGGUUCCAACCUCUUGUCGGGUGGAGCCAUACAGCGGCAGCCACCCCCUACAGGAGAAUCAUCAAGUCUUGACUUCUCUUCCUCCCCUUCCCGAAGGCGGAGAAGUAGAGGAGCGAGCCAUUGUCCAUGACGACCCGCAAGAAUCCACUCCUCUCGAGAGUGAAGUCGCUGCAUCUAACAAAUCCGCGGCUUCCUCCGACAAAGGAACUGAGUCAGAGGCUUCUGAAUCAGUGCACUCUCCUCCACCCGCUAUUUCUCCAAGGAACAAGAGAAAGAGGAGUGAAACUGAAGACUCCGGCGCCUCCAAGCCAACUGAACCUGCUCCUGAAGAAUCAUCUCCCGAAGAUGGAGGUGCCUUUGACCCUUACGACGACGCAGGCUCAGUUAGCUCUGGCGAGAAGGAGGAGGAAGAAGAAGAACUCGCGGUUACUGGCACGGCUCCCACGAGCACGUCCAAUACCGUGGUCCUUUCCGAAGAAAUUCGCACUGCCGCGGAUUCUUCGCCUCCCCCUCAGCAGAUGGUGGAUACGUCGACUCCACCACCCAGCCCCCGAGCGCCUUCUCCAAAAAGACUCAAGGUCGGGGCUGGUGAUGAGCAAACGCUUAUCUUGGGGAGUUCUUCGACUCCUUUGGUGAAUGAUCCCCUGAUGGACCAAUUCAUCCGCCUCGGCACCCAAUCCAUUGGGUUUCACAAGGAGGCCGACACUUUGAGAGCCUCUCUUCAACUAGCCAAAGACCGCGCUGAAGCUCUCGAGGCUAAGCUAAAGCUUAGCGAGGAGGCUCGCGAGAAGGCCCAAGCCGAUGCUGCUUCUGUUGAAGAACUCCGUCAACGCCUCUCCCAAGCUGAAACUGCGUUAAGCGACAAGAUCGCUGAGCAGGUCGACUGGGCCAAGGCUGGAGACACCGGCAAGAUCAAGAAGGAGAAGUGGAAGGCGUUAGUGAAAGAUGCCAAGCCGCACUCGAAGAAAAUCGUUGCCUUCUUCACGGCGAAGUCUACUGGUUCCACCAGUACUGCCAAGACGGAGGUCAAGUAG